UCGGCAUAUAAGAAGAAGGCGUUUCUUUUAGUAGAUGCGCACUUACAGGCACUGACAUUUUAGUGUAAGACUCACGACUGGAUUUAUGGAAGUGUCUGCACGUUUCCGCCGCUAACAUUUUCUAAUUGUGUAAUUUGAAUGCCUUGAGAGGAUACCUUCAUAACCUUAAUUUAAAGACAAUUAGAAGAUGGCUAACAAGGCAGAGUCCACAAUGAGCACUUCCACUACUGAGAGUGUGUCCCACAGUGUGCUGAGCUGGGACCAGGUGGGCCGUCUCAAUGAGGUCCUGACAGCAGUGGUGCCGGUCCACGGCCGAGGGAACUUCCCAACCCUGGAGGUGCGGCUGAAAGACAUUGUUCAGAUGGUGCGCACCCGUCUGGAGCUAAGGGGAAUUAAAGUGAAAGACGUUCGUCUGAACGGCUCUACAGCCAGCCAUGUGCUGGUGCAGGACAUUGGCUGGAGCUACAAGGACCUGGACAUCAUCUUCAGGGUGGACCUGCCCCUGGAGUCAGGGUUCCAGCUGGUCAAAGAUGUGGUGCUGGGCACUCUGCUGGACUUCCUCCCUGAGGGGGUGAACAAGGAAAAGAUCACCCCCAUGACCCUAAAGGAGGUCUAUGUUCAGAAGCUGGUCAAGGUGUAUACAGAGCAGGACCGCUGGAGCCUCAUCUCCCUCUCCAACAACAACGGGCGCAACGUGGAGCUGAAGUUUGUGGACUCUAUCCGCCGGCAGUUUGAGUUCAGUGUGGAUUCAUUUCAGAUCGUGUUGGACUCGCUGCUCUCCUUUUAUGAGUUCUCGCCGGAGAACCCUAUGUCUAGCCACUUCCACCCCACUGUGGUGGGUGAGAGCGUGUACGGGGACUUUGGUGCGUCUCUGGACCACCUCAUGAACAAACUGAUCGCCACCAAGCGGCCGGAGGAGAUCCGUGGCGGCGGCCUUCUCAAGUACUGCAACCUACUGGUGAGAGACUUCCGGCCCACCUCGGAGGAGGAGUUCAAGGGCCUGGAGCGUUAUAUGUGCUCCCGCUUCUUCAUCGACUUCCCCGACAUUGGUGAGCAGCAACGGAAGUUGGAAGCCUAUUUACAGAGCCACUUUGUGGGUGAGGAGAAGAGCAAGUAUGACUACCUCAUGAUCCUGCGGCGUGUGGUCAACGAGAGCACGGUGUGCCUCAUGGGCCACGAGAGGCGGCAGACCCUUAACCUUAUCUCGCUCACAGCCUUCAGGGUGCUGGCUGAGCAGAACGCCAUCCCAGACGCAUCCAGUGUCACCUGCUACUACCAGCCGGCGCCCUACGUCCGAGACCACAACUUCAGCAACUACUACGUUGCCUCGUGUAACCAGAAUAUUCCAACAUGGCUGCCAUGUAACUGAGAGACCCAUAUAACAUGAAGACUGCUGCUUUGAGAAAGGGGGAAAAAAAGAGAGUCGGAUGUGCCAAAAAAAAUAGAAAUGAGAAAUUUUGCUCUAGUCAUAAAGGAUAUAUUUAAAUGG